GGAGUUCCUAGCAGAUCAGUGUCAGCGCUUGUAUGGGGCGGUCGCUUGCAGACUCUCUGGCAAAUGUGUGAGCUGAGGAAAGUGAGGACAGUGGAGAUGGCAACGCAGCAAAGGAGAGGGAAGGAAUAAGAGACUCCGUUCUCUCGCAACACACAGUGUCCUUUCGCGAUUGUGUCUUGUCGCAAUUCUUAAGUAUACUCGUCUAGCAGUGACAUUGAAACGAUUAAUCGUGAGUGGGACUCUAACUGCGCCAAGUGCCGUAACACGAGGGACGUUACAGUGCGUAAAAAAAAAGUGCAAAGUGAAUCGCGCUCAUCGAGACGACCAGGACGGAAAGUUCUUCUUACCUGAGAGAGAGAGAGACUCCCCUAAGCGAAAAGUCGGCGAACGCAGCGACCCGGCUGCCGACUAGGUCGUGAACACGCAUUGUUUCCCCCGUCGAGGCUCGUCAGACCUCUCACGUGACUCCUGGUUUCGCGCUGCCACCGUCGACGCGUCAUCCAUGUGCUACCUUCUGCCAAUGCGAGUGAGAUAGCGCAACCUCCGUUCUUCGACGGCCAUCGACUUCUAUCGAAGGAACGGAACGAGACGAGACGGAGAAGAAACGGGAGAGAGAGAGAGAGAAAAGUAAGAGUGUGAGAGAAAGGAAAUCACGACGUUCUCGCGCAUUUGUUUGUCGCGACUUGACGCGCACCUUACUCAUCGUACGGUGGCAUAGGUUGUGUUGUGUCGCGGACAGGCAGUCUUGGAGAUAGCGCAGAGAACCAAAGGCGGAAAAGAAAAUAAAAGAAAGGACGUUACAAUACAGUACAUAUGUGCGCUCACGACCGCGUGGGCGCACGUGUGUUUUGUCCGGCCUUGUUGCGUUACGGUACGUGUUGUGUACAAGUCGCUGCUCGAUACCGUGUGCUGCUCCGCUUACGGGUCGACAGUGAGCCGCGUCGACUUGAAUGCGCGAUUCGACAUGAAGAAAAGUCGAAUGUGGACAUGCAAUAGACAAUAUGAGUGAGGUGGUAAGUGUUGUUGAACAGGAGCAGCAACUACAGCAGCAGCAGCAGCAGCAAUUACAACAGCAGCAACUACAGCAGCAGCAACUACAGCAGCAGCAGCAGCAGCCGCAGCAGCAGCAGCCGUCGCCGCAGCAGCAGCAGCAGCACGGCAGCUCGAACACGGAUCCUUACUGCAAGGAGUGCAACGUUUCCUUCAACAGCGACAAGAGCCUGCAGGUGCAUCUGCAUUAUCAUAAGCAGAACCUGCUAAAAAGGUGGACCAAUCUGGCGCAGCAAGAGAGCAAUAAUAACAAUAGCAAGGCUGGCAAUCAUAAUAAACACGUGAGCGUUGUUAAGCAAGAAAGCGUGGCGGUACCGACGGAUUCGAGGGAGCCAUCAUCUUCUCAGAAUCCUUCGCCGCAGCAGCAGCCUUCCAUUCAGGCCUACAGCAAUUAUCUGGAACCGUUGUCUUUCCCAAGUGUGACAAAUUUACUGCAAAAUAUGUCGCAUGUUCAAAAUAUUCCAAUGGGCACGUGCCAGCCUUUCUCGCCGCCGCAAGAAGAUGUUCAGAAUAACGGCGGCGGCAACGUUAGCAGCAGUGGUUAUGCGCGUUAUCAUCCGUACUCUCAGCAUUUCACUGCGGAGCACACGAGCACCAAUUCCACUAGCCCACAUAGUCCGCCGAUUCAUUGUGACAACUGCGGGACCGUUUACGAGGACGCGAAUCAAUUGGGCGAGCAUAUGAAGACGCAUCAUUCGGACUCGCCCACCGGAUACGCGCCCGCGCCUCAGUAUCAGCAGCUGGGUGGCAGUCCUACGCAGCCGGAUCAACAGCAACAAGCGCAACAGCAAUUGCACACGUCGCCGACUCACUCGAAUCAGCCGCAACAACAACCCGGCUACGAUUACAAUGGCGGACAGCCGGUGAAAUUGGAGAUGAAGCAAGAGCCGGAAGAGCAGACUGAGAUUCUCGACUUGGAUUCUCACAAGGUGCAGCAAACGCACCGAUACCGAGAGGAACUUUUGAGGCUUCAGCACCAUCGUCAGCAAGAGAUGCAGAUGCAUGUACAUCAACACCAAGUGUUGCAGCAACAUCCGCAGCAGAGAAUAGGACAUUCUAUGUUGGGUUGGCCGGUGGCUCAGACUCACGAAUAUCAUCCUGGGCUGCCGCCUAUGGGUCCCAUGGACGGCAUGCCACCGAUCACCGAUCAGAGCCAAUUUAUGCGCAGCCAGCAUAUGCCCGUGGUGGAGGCUCCGGUGCACCAGACCCCGUCAAUAAUCACGAACGCGCAGCCGAUGCCGAGUCAUCAGAUGUCAACUGCGUUGCCGUUGCAGCAACAGUUGAAGCCACCGUCGAACCAAACGUGGAAGAGCAACGAGCCUCGUCGACCGAAGACUUACAAUUGCACUGCAUGCAACAAGUGGUUUACCAGUUCGGGCCAUCUGAAGAGACACUAUAACACGACGUUGCAUAAAAAUGCAGUCAAGCAGAGCAAUCAGCCUGAUCCAGCGAACAUGCCGAUUAGCUCUCAUCAUCAUCCUAGCCGAGAAAAUAACGUUACUCAUUCGACCAGUGGUAGAGGCGGUGGUGGCAGUAGCGGCGUAGGCGGUGGCGGUGGCGCUCCCGAAAGAUCACCAGACUUUACAUCUUCGGGGAGUCCCCCAAACGUGAUGGCAGGUCCCUCGGGCGAGGCGACGGGGGGCCUGCAUCACACGCCCAUUCCACACUUCAACAGCAGCAAUUCCAGCAACAGCAACAGCAACGACUCGCUGGCAACGGCAGCAGUUCUGGUGCAACAACAGCAGCAACCUUCAGCGGUGCACUUGGGCUCCGGAAUGGUACCUCACAAUUCCCCGCAGCAACCGUCAAUGGCGGGACACCAUCAGCAACCAAUGGGUUCUCCGUCUCACCAGAUGGGGCUCCAACAACAGCAACAGCCGCUUCAUCACCUGCCAAUGACUUCGUCGGGCCAGCAUCAGGUCCAUCACUCCAUGACUUCGCCCAUAUCUCCCAUGCACCCGCCGGGAUCACACAUGAAUUCCCCUUCACAAAUGGAUUCGUCCACCCAUCCACAUCACAUGAAUUCGUCGUCCAUAACGUCGGGCACAGUUCAUCCCGCAAUGGUAUCACCCACGGCAAUGGGGGGUACUUCGAUGCCUCAUCAGCCGUACCCAAACGCCCUGCCCCCCCACGUUACGAGUACUUCCAGCAUCCCGGGCCUACUGGAGUCUACCAUCCAAACUACUAUUGGUAACGAACAAAAUCAAAGUGACCAACAUCAUCAACAGCAGCAGCACCACCACCAGCAGGCCCAGGAAAAUAAGCUGCCCGGUUUUGGCACCAUUAAUCAACAUCAGACCCUGCCGAAUUUCACACAAUUCGUACCCGGGUACGGUGGAAACCAAAACCAGUCACAGGCUGUUAACGUGGGGGGGCUAAGUCCGGAGGAGGCUACACAAGAGAAAUCUUACAGUUCUUCCGUACCGUCUUAUAUGUACACGCAGCGCUACGUGAUAAACAUGGAGGAGAUGACGAUGGAAGCGACUCAGAUGGAUACGGAAAAUAUGGAAGACUAUUUAGUGACCCAGAUUCCACAUCAACUUCCUGAACACAUGAACAAUUAUACCGAGACGAACAACAACGUGGUGCCGUUUGUGAUCAAGCAGCAGCCUGAUUCAACCGUUCAAGUGCCGAAACGCAGAGGUCGUAAGCCCAAGUCCACUUCUACGGUACUCAAGGAGCAGCAGCAGGUAGUCACUACGACGAUAAAAAUAGAUUCUGACUUGAUUGAUAGCAGAACAGUCCAAUGUGACGAAUGUACUAAAAAAUUCAACAAAACGUGCUACUUGACGCAACACAAAAAGAGCUUCCACAUGGGCGAGAAGCCGUUCAAAUGUCCUCAAUGCGGUAAGCGGUUUAUUUCCGAGGAAACGUACGAGAAGCAUUUGCAGAAGCACAAUGGUGACAAGCCGCACAAGUGCGACUCGUGUCCAAAACAGUUCAAUCAUAAGACCGAUCUGAGACGGCACAGAUGCCUUCAUACAGGUGAAAAGCCGUUUUCUUGUCACUGCGGCAAAAAAUUCAUCAGGAAGGAUCACAUGGUCAAACAUAUUGCGACGCACUCGAAGAAAGCCUACAGGGGAAGCAAGAAGUCCAAAAUCGAACACAAGAAGGAAAAUGUUCAUACUACAGUGAGCCCAUGCUCAUCGCGAUCAUAGAAACGCGAUCCGCGAGGCGUACCAUUAGAGGUGUCGGAUUUCCCUUGGUGAGGUUUUCCGCUCUUGAGCGUGUCAAAGGAACAUAAUCAAGGGGAAUCUUCUAUACCUAUAAUGUUUCUUUUUUUUCAUUUUUAUCAAUGUUCCUGUCUCUCUUUUAUUUGAGGACUAAAAACGAUUUAUACUCAAAUUUGAAUUUAAUAUCAGUAGAGAAAAUUUCGAUCUCUCUCUUUGCAAGUAUAAAGCCAUCGAUUUAUACAAUGUCGAGUUUAUUCCUAGUGCACUAUAUAUUCCUGGUCAUACAGAAAAGCAAUAUUAAAAUUUUCAUAAAAUUUGAUAAAAUUUAAUAACGAAUCAACUUUUGUCCGUUACGUGUGAUUUAUUCAUCUAUCAAUCCUAAUAUAUUUUUUUCUUUUCUUUCCAAAGUAUAAUGCAUUUUUUCCUAUAAUAUAGUGCUUGGAAUUAACUCUCGAGAUGGCUUCUAGACUUUAUACAUCUAUUAUUUUUUCCUCGUCGUUUGCAAUUUCGUAACGAAUUGAGACGCCCGACACUUAUAUUAUUUUUUAUUUUACAUUUUCUUCACGAAUUUAUGCGUUCAUAUCUUGUUGAGAAACAUAUUAUGAGUGGCAGGACAAUAGCAGACGUAACGUAUGAAAUUUGUAAUGUGUAACUCAUUUCAACAAGACUAUUGCAAGGAAAUGUAACUGAUUUAUCUCUAGAUAAUGUCUAUUAAUUUGAUAAUCAUAACUAGAUUAUUGCAAUUUGAUAAUUAUAACUGUAUAUAUUACUAGAUAAGAAUAUUACGAAUAAUCCUGCAAUAGGUUUUUAUUAUAUACAACCGUAGAUAUUUUGUGAUUAUUUAUAAUAUAAAAAUAUCCGAUAAAUAAAGGAUUUUGUGUCGCAUCGAUGUCUUGACCGUCCGACAGUUCAAACGUGCAUUUUACAAUGCACUCUCGAGAUCGUAUGUAUUAAGAACGCCGGCGUGAGAAUUAAAAUCGCGAUCUACCGAGCCUAACCGAUUAAUUUGAAAAUAACAGUGAAAGAAUACCGAUUUGUGCGGAAUUGAUCCUGAAUAUUGGAAUAGGCUCAGUCGACAUUGCGACAGAGCUCCUGUGCAUAUUGGUUCAUAUAAUAUUCACUUUAAUGUCAUCGACUUCCCAGUCGAAUCAUUUUUCGGAUGAGGAUUUGGAUAAUCCCGAGCUGCUUCGAGACAACGCCACAAUGAGCAAAACCGACCAAACAGCCAAUGCUGAUAACGCGUCGUUCACGAGAUAUUUAUGCAUUUCUAUCGCUCAUUUGUUCAUUUCUUCCGUCAAUAUUGAAUUGGUAAAUAUAAUAUUGUCGAUGAAAAAACGAAGCAACAUUCGGAAUAAGGCUCAAGAUAACGCGAAGAUAUUUUUCAAGAUAUUGGCGGCCAAUCAUCAAUAAUUGUAACUAAAAAAAAAACGAUCGUAUACAUUCCAUCAAAUUCUGCUGUGAUCAGAUAAAAAGAGACAAGGAAGAUUGAUUGGAACUUUCGUUUUAAAAAAUAUAUAAAAAGGCCCAUAUAUAACAAUAUGCUUCACAUUCCUUUCGGCAUGCAAUUGGAUUGUCCACCGGUGCAUGUUUUUAUAACGAUAUUUGAUUUAUCUAUUUGAAAAUAACCGAUCGCUCGCUCGCGGCUCGAAGUAAAUUUCGCAUUACAAACCUCCGCCACUUUCGAAUAUAGGCAGAUUUUUGCUGCAUUUGUAGGUUGCAAUCUUUAAACUAUUGUAUUACUUCGUGUAAAGUGUCAAGAUUAAAUAUUUAUUUGUUAAUUUAUUAUCGAAUACUUUCAACAUAUGUAUGAGUUUUGUACGUUCCGGGCAUUCGCGCUUUUAUCUUACCGCGAAUUUUUCUUGUCAUUGACAGUAAUUCUAGAGUAUCGACGAAUUAUACAUGUGGAUCAAUCAAGCAACCAAUUACUGUGCUUUCUUAUGAAUAUUCUCGGGCCACAAGACUCGUGUCAAUCAUAUCCGGAAUCCACACAUCGAUCGCAGCAAGGCACAAUCGUAUAUCGCGGCAUUUAAUCCACAGUAAUUAACCGACACGCGAUUAAUUACUAGCAAAACGAGCCAAUCAUCUACCUAUGUUCGAGACCCUUGGCGCAAUUUCUCUUCGAGCCGCACGUCGCUCGGCGUGCACGCAAACACGCAAUAGCGAGUGCAUAUAACAUUGUCGCGUGGGCAAAUGUUAACCUCGCCGUAACAAAAUAAUACGGGCCAGCUACGCGUGAUUGUUUCCGUCGAUCAUUGUUCAAUUGAGAGCGACCGAUCCCGAGUGCGCUAAUUAUUUCUCGCGCGCUCCGUUAUGUUAAUUAGUUAAGCUCGCAUCGCGCAUUCCUACGUCAUUGUUCGAGGAGAGCAAAAUUACGACCGUAUCCCGUAUACGGACCUGCGACUUCGUUUAUUUAAUCGUAUUGCGUUUUGCGCGACUGCGACGAGUGUUUGUUUUUUUAAUUGUUCUUAUUAGGUGCAAAAUCCUACAACAUCAUUGUAAAUAUUUUAUAUGGUGUAUAAUGUGCGAAAGAGAGGCGAACACGUGGAAGAGGAGAAUGGGAAACACGUUCCACACACACACACACACACACACACACACACACACCUACACACACGCGGAAAUCACUGUGUGCAUAUACGGCGACGAUCGCUCACAUAUAUUCACAGUGACGUAUAUACAAAAUUCAGUUUUACUCUCAUCAGCUUACAAACACACAUUACACAUUCAUGCAUACGCCAACGUCCUUUCAAGGUUUUGUUUCAUUUGUUGUAUUAAAGAAUGAGUAAAAUAUCGACGUGCGAAAGCUGUAGGACGGUAAAUGGAGUUGCGUAGAAAUCAUUGCUACACAACAUUCACCGACAUAAAUCUCCCACCAAGCAUUACAAAAACCGCGCAAAUAUUAUAUAUAUAUAUAUAUAUAUAUAUAUAUAUAUAUAUAUAUAUAUAAUAUAUAUCAUAUAUAUCAUACAUGUAUAUAUUAUAUAUGUAACUACAUAAGUAAUAAAUGAAUCGAUGAAUAUGCGUCAAAAGUUAUACACUACAGUAUAUAGGAAGAAUAAUGUUAAUAUUAAGCUCGAUGUCGGUGAGAAUGUUGUCGGCGAGACGCGGCCGAUGAUUUCCAUGCAACCCCGGUAAAUGAUAUAUAGCAUUCUUGCCAUUUUUACUACUAACUAAUGUGACUCCCAGAACAGACUACCUCAGAGUUCAGGAAUUUAACGAUGAAUGAAUGGAGAAAAGAAAAGAUGAAAGAGCCAAUGCAAUAAUAAUAAUGUUAUUAUAAAAGUAGCGAAGCGUCCGUGCGGGCGGAACGACGUACUUUCGAAUGCGCCGCAGCGCGCGUUGCAGUUCGCCUUGCAUUUUCCGCGUAAUCACCUAAUCUCGCGCGAAGUGUAGUUCCACGGGAGAGCAAGAAUCGUCGUCUGAGAUAAUACCCGGUCUGUUUUCGUUCUCGGAUAAAUGUUUAAACGUUCGCGCGCCGCGCUCGAUGCUGCCUCGUAUGAGGAGCAGUGAGCUGCCGGGAUAAUUAAGAAAAAAAAAAAAAAAAAAAAAAAAAAAAAAAAAAAAAAAAAAAAA